CACAACAAUCUUCCAACAAUCUGAAUACUUUACAUUCAUAUCUCAUUGAGCUAUAUACAUUCGUCUAUCACAGCCGAACUCCAAAUACUGCCUCGACAUAACACCUACGCGCUUGCGCCCAUCCAAUACCCACACCCGACGACCCAACGGAAAAAUAUGGAGGCCCUUUCAAGACGAGAAGAGAUGCAGGUCAUGGAAGAUGCAAAGUCUCAAGCACUGAAGACGUGUGAUAAAUUUGUUAAGGACUUUGCCGAUUGCGCUACUGGCAGGACAUUCACCUUGCCUUUUGCCUGCAAAGGCAAACUCGGGGUCAUGCAAGAUUGCAUGAAAGGAUUUAUGACAACAGAGAGAAUAGAUUCCAUGAAGCUCGACUUUAUCGCGCACCGCUCAGAAAAGGGUCGAGAAGCUGUGGAAGCGUUCCGGAAGACCAAGCGGGAGAAGGUCAACAGGAUGUUGGGUAUCAAGGAGGAGCAGUCGCCCUUAUAGCGAGUCCUGGGCGCGUGUAUAGAUGGGCUUGUCUGAACUAUUAGGAAUGGGGCAUGGAGUCACACUGCUCUUCCUGCUACGAGUCUGUGCAUGCGCCAAACUGCGACCCCGUCUAGUUUUGCGCCCUUCAGUCAUCCCUCGCAGGUUACCCAGGCUAUCAUACCAAGUCUUCAAUGGAGUGACUAUGCUUUACUCGAUCUCCUCUCCCGAUCCCGAUGGAAACCUCUUGAACCUCAAUCUUGGCCUGUCUCAUCGGUUCGGCCGGCGGACUCCCGGUUUCUGGUUCAUCUUCAACAUGACUUUCACUCUGUGUGAUACUACGGCCGCUAAGAGUUGACGGGACAGAUGUACCAAAGAGGGAGGGAGUGGACGACGAUAUCUGAGAGUGCCUGGAAUGAGAUAGAGGGUCCCGGAGCGAGGUAGGGACUGGUGUGCGAACGCUGUGGGUGUUGAUGUUGGUACUAUCUGCCAUGAUUCGCCCAACCCUCUCAGAAGGGCUAGAACCUUGUAUCCUCUUUGCCCUUGUCUUAUAUCUCACGACCGAAGGAUCUUCUUGAGCUUCUUUGCCAUCGCCAUCUUCACCACCGAAGCUUACUUUGAGACAGUCGCUUCCAUUCUCAUGUUGUUCAACGAUAACGAAGCAGACCGUCAUGCACACGCUUGUCAAUCUUCUUCAAUUCUUUUCGAGGAAGGGCCCUGCAAGAAGGAGACGGG